UGGAGGGAGCGGCGUUGCCAUGGCGGCGUCUCUGGGACAGGUGCUGGCUCUGGUGCUGGUGGCCGCCUUGUGGGGUGGCACACAGCCGCUGCUGAAGCGGGCCUCCUCCCGCCUGCAGCAGGUUCAUGAGCGGACCUGGGCCCGGCAGUUGCUGCAGGAGAUGAAGACCCUCUUCUUGGAUACUGAGUACUUGAUGCCCUUUUUCCUCAACCAGUGUGGCUCCCUUCUCUACUACCUCACCCUGGCAUCAACAGAUCUGACCCUAGCUGUGCCCAUCAGUAACUCUCUGGCCAUCGUCUUCACACUGAUUGUCGGGAAGGUCCUCGGAGAAGAUAUUGGUGGAAAAGGAGCAUUCACAGGCAUGGUGCUCACCGUGGUGGGGAUUGCACUCUGCGUCACGAGCUCCGUGAGCAAGACCCAGGGGCAGCUGUCUGCCCUUUGAGUGGGCCCACACCACCCUCCAGCCCUUCUGUGUCCAGGAAGCCCCUGAGCCGUGAGGCACAGCCAGUGAGCAGAUGGACCUAGCACUUCUCCCUGAGCCUCAGCGCCCUCACCUCUUAGGGGGCGAAUAGCUACCUCGUGGUGGCUCUCACGGGAGAACCGCAGGGAGUGAUCUGUUCAGCUGCUUGGAUUUAGCACGAGAGACUUCAUACCUCCCCAGCAACCUUUCUGCCCCGCAGCGCUCCUCGUGCUGUCAUGUCAGGCCCCUAGCCCAGCCACCAUCACUAUGGCCCGAUCCAGACUGUCACAGCAGCUGGGUCCACGGACCACCUGGAGACGGCCAGCCGCCAUCUGUGCCCGAGAUGCAAACAGGAGGCCUCAGGGCUGCCAGAGGCCUUGGCUGGCUGAGGCAGGGACCUGAGGGGAAGAAGGGACGUCGGAAUGGCAGGUGUAGAGGAGAUGAGCAGUCUAGGAGCCUUGCCUGGCUCACCUAGAAGGUGGGUGGAAAUCUUUAACUGCCUGCCCUUCUUAGACAGCCUGGGGCCCCGGCACUGCGUCACUUCUGCCACGUGGUGUGGUGCCCGGCGAGGGGUAGCCUCAAAUAAAUCUGCACCG